AUGAGUGAGCAGCGACACAUGCUUAAGAUGUACCGGCACCUGUUUUCUUAUUUGGUGCUGCUGCUGCUUUUUGUGCUGCUGAUAUGCUGUGGCAGUACUGCUGUGCACGCCGAGAGGAAUAAACCAAAUGAAAUACAAAUGCCAGAGCCUGUCGAUCUUUUUGUGCCGCGUCAAACGAUUGUGGAAACACAAGGUGAAAAUCAACUGGGGAAUUCCUUUAACUCACCUUCUCUCGUCAGUGCUGGUGGGGUCUUGGUUGCGCUUGCCAAGAGCCACACCAGCCUUCCAGACUCCGGUGAAGAACAGUUUUUGGCCUAUUAUGCUGAUGUUGUGGCGGGGUACAUCGACCCUGCGGAGAGCUGGUCGUCUUUUGCUGCUAAAGUUAAUGCAGAUAAAUGGAAGGCGCACAGCAUCUUUAACAUGACCAUUCCAAAGGGACGUGCCUCUCCUGUGAGACGCGCGCGCCGACCCACAGCAAUUGCAAAGGGCAACAAGGUCUUUCUACUUGUGGAAGACUAUUAUCUGAAGUAUAAUAAUUCAUCGCAGAACUGGGUUGCAUCCCCACAGGACCUUGAUUUGCUCGUGGGUGAGGCCACGCAAGAUAAAGUCAUCCAAUGGGGCGAACCUACCUCGCUUUUGCCACAAAUCGAGCCAUCUGCUGAUCAGAGUGGUCUGGAUGAGUUUGUUAGUGGUGGUGGCUCGGGCGUUGUGAUGGAGAAUGGCACGUUCGUGUUUCCUGUGACGGCGAGGAGGACAGGAGAAAAAGACAGUUUCUCCAUGAUCAUUUAUUCGAAGGACGACGGCAAAAAUUGGACGCUUCCACUUGGGAUGCUCCCCGCGGGAUGCACUGACCCCCUCAUCGUUGAGUGGGAGCAGGGGCAGCUUGUCAUGGUUGCCAAAUGCAAUUCUCUCUCCAAGGUGUUCGAGUCGAGGGACAUGGGGGCAACGUGGAGGGAAGCUGUCAGGACACUCACGCGCGUGCAGCUCAGGUUUUUACCAGACGCUUUGCGAACAGCUGAGAGAGUAGGGUCCCUCACCACUGCGACCAUUGCUGGAAAGAAGGUUAUGCUGUACACUCAGAAAGGGAUUCCCCCUGGGGAGAUGGUGCAAGCCACCGCGCUCUACCUUUGGGUCACUGACGACAGCCGCACGUUUCACGUCGGGCCCAUUUCCAUGGACACUAAAAGGAAGUGGAUGUCUGGCAACACCCUGCUGUACUCUAACGAUGCGUUGCAUCUUUUACAAGAGAGGGUCAGUAUAACGACCAAAGUCCUGGCUCUUGCUUCCCUAACGAAGGAGCUGAAGACGAUCACGUCCGUCUUGAAGACUUGGGCAAAACUGGACUCCUUCCUCUCCAACUCCUCUGUGCCCACGGCCGGUCUGGUUGGGUUCUUGUCGGAUGCAUCGGGUGAUGGGACUUGGAACGACGCGUACCGUUGUUUGAAUGCAACUGUGACGAAUGCAAAGAAGAUCGAAAAUGGCUUUAAGUUCACGGGGUCGGAAUCAUACGCGAUGUGGCCUGUGAACAUGUGGAAGUAUCACUAUGUGCACAGCUUUGUGAAUUACGCGUUUACGCUUGUGGCGACGGUGGGGAUUCAUAAGGUUACGAACGAGAGCAUUCCUCUGCUGUGUGCGGGACUGGAGGACAAUGAAAACACGACAUUUGUGGGGCUGUCGUACACGAGGGAGAACGAGUGGUGUACAGUCUUCAACGGCAUGACAACAACAACACACAACAGCACUUGGGAGCGGGGAAAGGAGUACAAAGUGGCGCUCAUGCUGCAGGGCAACAAGGGCUCCGUGUACGUCAACGGCGUGCUUCUGGGGAUUACUAACAAACUACCAACCCUUGAAGCACAGAGGCACCGAAUCUCUCACUUUUACUUUGGUGGCGGCAAAAACAGCAGUGUGACAGUGAAGAAUGUCUUUUUGUACAACCGCCCACUGGGUGAGAAGGAACGCAAACGUCGACGAUUCCGAUGCGUCUUGGAAACAUGCAGGCGGCAGCUACGAUACUUCUGA